UCAAAAGGUGCCGUGCUGUUAGAAAAAUAUCUUAGAAAAUACUUUGCAAGGUGCCUUCCUUGAAGCAUUUGACUCCAAAGAUCUUUCAAUGAAUAAUUAUUGAUCGUUAUUGGGAUAGAAUGUCGAAUCGUUUCCGUCCUGUAUUUCAACAGUCGGUCGUCUUGAUCGCCAUUCUGACCACUUUCGCUGGAGUGGCUUUGUAUGGCCUCAAAGAUGUCAUCCAGAACGUUGAACAAAACAAGUGCGAAAUGACUUACAUGUAUCAAUGGCCAAUAUACUUCAAAGUACCUUUGUUCAAGGGAAUGUCUAAAGAUUUCCCACGAUAUUCUCUUUACUAUUAUGGCGAAGGUUCGAACGCAGAGGUCGAACAAGAUUUCCACCGAGUGCAAGGAAUUCCUGUUUUAUUUAUUCCUGGGAAUGCUGGUAGUCAUAAGCAAGUACGAUCUCUCGCUUCUGUAGCACUAAGAAAAGCUGAGAACAGUGCUUACGAAUWCAACUACUUUUCAGCAGACUUAGACGAAAGGUUGUCAGGAGUGUCAGGUGUGAUGCUUGAUGAUCAAACCGAGUUUAUACGUCUUUGCAUAAAAAGGAUUUUACGACUUUACAAAGGAAACCCAAAACGUCCUAAGUCCAUUGUUCUCAUUGGUCAUUCGAUGGGGGGAGUUAUAGCAAAAGCAUUAUUUACAUUGGAAAAGUUUGAUCCCAAACAGGUGCAUACAAUCAUUACUCUGGGGACCCCCCAUCAGCAUCCAGUUGUACCUCUCGACCCAAUAUUGUGCAAUUUCUAUAAUCAUAUAAAUACAUUUUGGCACAGAGAAACAUACCGCCGCAGUAGUAAUAGUAGUCUAGCCAAUAUAACAAUGGUGUCGGUAGGUGGAGGAUUUCGAGAUCUAUUAGUGAGGUCUAGCACUACAUCACUGUAUGGWCAUCUACCGCACUCUCAUGGGAUUAGUGUUGUCAGUACAUCUAUACCAAGGGUUUGGGCUUCAGUGGAUCACCUAUGUUUGUGUUGGUGUAAGCAACUGGUUCUUGUCAUCAAUAGGGCCUUGUUUGAUAUGAUAGAUGACAAAACAGGACAAAUUACUGAAAGCAGACAACAAAGACUUGGGGUUUUAGAGCACCACUUUGUACAAAACCCUGGCACAAAAGAUGUCUUUGCAAGGAAAACACAGAUGAAAGGAGCUAGUAGUUUGAAGAGUUUGAGUCCUGUUGCAGUUGACCGAAGGCUAUGGGUCUUCAAAGGUGGUCAUUCUAACAAGCAGUCAAAUAAACUUUAUACUUUUGACCUUGAUCAAUGGAAAAUAACGCACAGUGCUUUUCUAAUCCUUACUAAUGUAGAGUCUGAAAAAUGGCUGUUYGCAUGCAAGGAAUCAUCCACCCAUCCUUGCAGCUCAGCAACAGACAUGUCACACUAUGCACAGCUUUUACCAUCCAAAGAUGUCCCUCUAAAAUUCACUUAUCUCAGACUUAAUGAAUUUGAAAAUGUUUCCCACUUUGCUGUGGCUUUUUCUUCACCAAAAACUGCCAGCUUGCUCCUGACUGAGUUCCAUUCAGUUGGUAUUUCAUCUUACAUACUAGACGUACCUUGGCUUUUCUCUGGUAACCCAACAAGACUGGAGAUCGAAGGAGAUGUAUUAUUUUCAAACAUUUCUCUUUCCUCCAUUUCCAAAGUAUGGAAGGUGUAUGACAUCCAAGUUCGUAGCAAAGGCUGUGAGAAAAGUAUGUUUUUAGUAGGAAGAGUCAACAUUCCUUGGUUUAAUGAGAACAUUUACUCACAUUCCACUCAAGACCACCUUGACCUUCAAAUCAAGCUUCAUCAUCCAAGACCAAGGGGCUUUGUGGGAAACAUUGAGGUUCASUUAUGGCUAGAUCCCAAAUGCUCCCAUGUGGUCACUAUUAAACCUAACCUGAAUGAAAUGCUUGGUCAAGUUUUCAGGUUUUUUGGGGUUCAACUGACAAUGUGGGUAUAUUCUAUGUUGCUACUGGUACUAGCCUGGCAAGUGUCAUCCUUGGCCACUGCACAGAGAUGUCAAUCAUUCUUUGACCUUAUUGCAAGCUCACCCAAAAGCUUUAGAGUUCUUCUUCUAUUGACUCAAGUUCAUUUUGUUAUAUCACAAGUUGUGCUACCGUUCUUUGUCAUGCAGGGACAUACUGGUCAACAUGACUGGCUUCCUGGUAUUGCAGACCUGCGUACCUUUGAUUGGCUCUUACCAUUGGUUAUCAUUAUUUCUACUGCAGUACUAAUGGUAGUUGUGAUGUUUGUAUGGAUUGGGAUCUUACUGUCCAUUGGUGGACGUUUCUUUUUCUGGCAUCAAGACCUAGAGGAUGUUAUUGCACCAAAAACAUUGUUUCCUAUCAAGCAACUUAUCUUUGCUGGUAUUAUUACUUUGAUAUCUCUAGCCAUUAAUGGAGUUCUUGGUCUUAUCAUUGCUUUCUUGUUCCUAUUUGGGAGGUUAUGCAGACAGUCUGCAUUGCUUCGUCAGUUGAAAGCCCUGCCAUCGAAUAGCRACAAUGCAAAGCUUAUUUCAAUUGUGCAAGGUGUUUGCAACUUAUCCUUGACUAUAUGCGCAUUGACAGUAUACACAGUUCUAUUGAAUUUGCCAUCCCUGGUUGUUUGGGCUAAAGCACUACCACAUCAUUACCAGCUGUCUCCAGACCCAACAUGUUUACUUGGGGCCCUGAUGGGAAUGAACGUCAUUCAUAUUGGCUACCACCCUCUAGGGGAUGCUCCACAGUCUCUAGUUUAUGUUAUUUUCUUUGUUGGUGUUGUAAUCACGCAAGCACCUAUUGUACCUCUCUACAUGGUGUCUUACACAGGAUGUCUUAUUCUUACUGCACUCAAUAUCUCAAGAAUAUCAAAAGAGUUCAAGAAAAGACAGAACCAACAUAAUGAGUAAACUGUGUAUAUUAUAACUUUGACACUGUGUUAAAAGGAAGAAGAGCUCAAAGGAUUGCCAUAUAGAUAUUUAAUAGAUACAUUAAUGUGGUCAGUAGUAACAUUUUAAAGAGAAUGUUUACUCUUUUGGAUAAUAUUAAAAGAUUGUCUAUAUUUAAAUAUGCCUCUUGGUGGGUUUCCACUUGCUCAAAUUUUUAGAGGUUGACAUGUAUGUUCACGACAGGUAUUUUUACCUUUUUAGUGAGUCAAGAACAUGAUCAUAGAAUUGAAAAAUAAGGCCCAGUUCAUAGGUCAAGCCAGUAUUGCGCCAAACCCAAUGGUAAAUUGGUGUCGAACCAAAUACAUUCAGAAUGGUGGUGAUUCAUACAUUAAACAAAUGCAGUUAAAAGCAUAAAAAAUCUGCUAACACACAAUUUUACAUCCAUUAUUAUUCUUGAAAAAAGAUAUUUUUGUGCGUUAAGUUCGGCACAAUGAUAGCUCAAUGUUUGAAUGGAGCUUUUGCCAUGCAGCGUAAGUGGCGCAGCCGUGUSCUGUGGUUGUGCCAAUUUCAAUUGAUUCAUACGUCGAGCUGUUCAUGUGCUAAAUUCAAACUAUUUCGUUUGGCUCAAAGUAUCCGGGCCUAAGUAAUCUUAACUUACAGUUGGGAAUAAGCAAGUGGUAAGAUUGAUAAGAUUAAUUUUGGAUCACAAAGUCUGUGUAGUAGCCAUAUGUCACUGCUGAAGGUGAGGUUGCAGAUGGGAAUGAGAAA